CAAGGGCCGUCGUCAUUCCGAGGAAAAAUAUCACUUUCAUGGUUUCUGCAUCCAACGAAACGAUCGUGGGCCCCUUGAGAACGGCAUAUUCUUGAUUGGGAUGUUGCCCAUUUUUCGUCAAAUAAUGUUGCUCCUGCCCCGGAGAUGCUACGGUUUCCAGAGAGGACAGAGAGGAUGACACCACACUCUUCUCUGUUUCUUGAUUCCCAUCUUUUCCUCCUUUUUUCCACUGAUAUAGAUUUGCCUCUGUCUGCGAAGUAACUCUUUCUUUUUGCCUUAAUCCUCGCUAUUUACUGUUGUGUUGUGGGGGGUGUCUUGAAUCUGCAAUUUGAGAGGGGAAGAACGAGAACAAGAAAAGAGAAAAAGAUGUGGAUCUUCGGGUGGAAAGGACCUUCUGGAUUCUCUGCUCGCUCUACGGCUGAAGAAGUCACUCAGGGAAUCGAUGGAACUGGUUUCACUGCCAUUGUCACAGGUGCCUCUAGUGGUAUUGGCGUGGACACUACAAGAGUUCUUGCUUUACGUAGAGUCCAUGUCGUUAUGGCCGUGAGGAACAUGGAUGCUGGUAGGAGUGUCAAAGAAGCUAUACUUAAGGAACUCCCAUCUGCUAAGAUUGAUGUGAUGGAGUUGGAUCUCAGCUCUAUGGAAUCUGUUAGGAAAUUCACGUUGGAUUAUCAAGCAUCCGCUCUUCCCUUGAAUCUCCUUAUUAAUAAUGCAGGGGUAAUGGCAUGUCCCUUCACGCUUUCCCAAGACAACAUAGAACUACAGUUUGCAACAAACCAUAUAGGUCAUUUUCUUCUGACAAAUCUUUUGUUGGAGACAAUGAAGAAAACGUCACAGGAAAGCAAUGCAGAAGGAAGGAUAGUUAUUGUGUCCUCAGAGGGUCACCGCUUUGCAUACCGAGAAGGAAUUCGUUUUGACAAAAUAAAUAGUGAAUCAGAGUACAAUACUAUACAAGCCUAUGGACAGUCGAAGCUCGCAAACAUAUUACAUGCUAACGAGCUUGCAAGGCGCUUAAAGGAAGAAGGGGUGCAGAUAACUGCUAAUUCACUUCAUCCUGGAUCUAUAGCAGCGACCAAUCUUGUUCGCCACCAUAGCAUUCUCAAUGUACUUGCUACUCUUGGAAAAUACUUCCUAAAAAAUGUUGCACAGGGAGCGGCAACUACAUGCUAUGUGGCUCUGCACCCACAAGUGAAAGGGAUUAGUGGCGAAUACUUCAUGGAUAGUAAUAAAGCCAAAGCAAGUUCUCUCGCGCAAGAUGCAGAACUGGGAAAGAAACUUUGGGAUUUCAGCAUAAGCCUGACUGAUCCUAAAUAGUACGGUUCUGCUUGAAAAGAUUGUCUGUUAUUCUUUUAGUCCACAGAAACAAGUCGUUUCUGAACUAGAUAUUAAGAAGCUAUAUAUUGUUAACUACACUGAGAUGAGCAUUUGAGUCAAACAUGCUGUAAAGUCUACACUCAUUGUCUGAAUUUACCUGAACAGAUCGUUGGUGAAAUAGGAGAUGAUGGAAUGAGCGUAA